AUGGCUCGCACUAAGGGGAACCUGCAUGUUGUUGAGGAGAUAUACAACCAAAUACCAGCUUUCACUGAUGUGUUCUCAGAGGACACAUUUUACAUAUUUGUUGUAUUCUUUGUGAUGUCAACAAUACUAGUUGUCUUCAUCCUGUCUAGGUUCAUCACUAUCAAGCCUGUAGAAUAGUCUGCUUUAUAUUUUGUCUAUUUGUAUAUGCUUAUUUGUUAGAAAACACAUUAUAUAUGUUACCAAAAUAA